CUAUGCAAAUCAUUGGUGAAUGUGAACACAUGAGAGAGAAAGAGACUGUGUGUAUGCAUAGAGAGAUACAGAGAUGGAAUACAGAUCCAUUUCAAUACAUGGUUCUUUACCUGCUCCUGUGUGUUCAGCUACAUGUUUGAGCAUUUGAGCAUCUAACAACCAAACCCUAAAAAGAGCAUUAUCCUCUUCCUUUGUUCUUUGCCCCUUUGCCUUUGCACAACCCUUUUUCUCUUUCCUCUUCAUUUAAGUUGCUUUCCCUCUUCUGCAAUAAUAAUGGCAAUCAUUUUCAUUUUCUCCCUCUGAACACUUUCUCCUACUCCAACACACGCCCUCUUUACAGAUCCUGUCAUAUCUCUUUUCACAAUUUGUUUCCUUUCUUUCUUUGUGGUUGCCAAAACAAUCUGUUCAAGUCAGAGAAAGAAAGAACCAACCAAAGGUUUCAGCUUUAGAUCUGAGGGAGCUAAGGUUGUUUCGACCAAUGGAGACACCCCGUGUCUCUUGUCUUUCACAUGAGAAGAAAGUUUCUUGCUUUGUGCUUUGACCCUUCUUCUUCUUCUUCAUCUAACUCUUUCUUCUACUACUGCCUUACUUAGUAACUUUCAAAUUAGCACUACCUUGUGAGCGACUGAAAUAGGCUCAACAAUGCUGGCCAUUGGGGUACAUGGCACCAGUAUCCGCACAAGUACUACUUGCACUGCUUUGCUCAGAGAACUUGAGCAAAUAUGGAACGACAUUGGGGAGAGCGAGGUAGACAAAGAUCGAAUGUUGAUGGAACUGGAGAGGGAGUGCUUAGAAGUAUACAGGAGAAAGGUUGAUGAGGCCGCAAACACAAAAGCACGUUUUCAUCAAACAGUUGCUGCCAAGGAAGCAGAGCUUGCGACACUAAUGGCUUCACUUGGCGAACAUGAUAUUCAUUCACCGAUUAAGAUAGAUAAGAGAUCCUCUUCCCUGAAGGAGAAACUUGCAUCCAUCACACCUUUGGUUGAAGAACUGAAGAAGAGAAAAGAUGAAAGGUUGAAGCAGUUUGACGAUGUAAAGAAUCAAAUAGAGAAGAUAAGUGGGGAGAUUUUUGGAUUCCAUUCUGUCAGUAAUUCUUUAAGCAUCACAACAGUUGAGGAUGAACAGGACUUGUCGCAUAGAAGACUUAACGAAUAUCAAACACAUCUCCGAACUCUUCAAAAGGAAAAGUCUGAUCGUCUUCAAAAGGUCUUGCAAUGCGUGAAUGAGGUCCAUUCUCUUUGUAGUGUACUUGGGUUGGAUUUUGGCCAAACUGUGGGUGAUGUGCAUCCAAGUUUGCAUGGGACUCAGGUGGAACAAUCGACUAAUAUUAGCAAUAGCACAUUGGAAGGCCUAGAGCAGACCAUUCUAAAGUUAAAAAUAGAAAGGAAAACUAGGAUUCAGAAGCUGAAGGAUGUGGUAGCUAAACUAUUUGAACUUUGGAAUUUGAUGGAUUCUUCAAAAGAAGACAGAAACUGUUUUAUGGGGAUUACUUCUAUUGUUGGAAUGUCAGAAUCAGAAAUCACUGAUCGAGGUGUUCUUUCAACAGAGAUGAUUGAGAAGGCUUCAGCGGAAGUGGACAGGCUUACGAAACUAAAAGCUAGCAGAAUGAAAGAACUUGUUUUCAAGAAGAGGUCAGAGUUAGAGGAAAUAUGUAGAUUGACUCAUAUUGAACCAGAUACAAGUACUGCUGCCGAGAAAGCUGGUGCAUUGAUAGAUUCUGGCCUGGUGGAUCCUUCUGAGCUAUUAGCCAACAUUGAAGCACAGAUAGUUAAGGUAAAAGAUGAAGCUUUGAGCAGAAAAGAAGUAACAGAUAGGAUUGACAAGUGGCUUUCUGCGUGUGAAGAGGAGAACUGGCUUGAUGAAUAUAAUCAAGAUGACAAUCGGUACAGUGCUGGGCGAGGUGCACACAUUAAUCUUAAACGUGCAGAACGUGCUAGAAUAACUGUAGCCAAAAUUCCAGCUAUGGUUGACAAUCUUAUAAACAAAACACUAUCCUGGGAAGAUGAAAAGAAGACGCAUUUUCUAUAUGAUGGGGUACGGUUGGUUUCAAUAUUGGACGAUUAUAAACUGGCCAGACAACAGAAAGAGGAAGAGAAGAGACGACACAGGGACCAUAAGAAGAUGCAAGAUCUACUCCUAAAUCAAAAGGAAGCCAUUUAUGGUUCUAAACCUAGUCCUAGAAAAAAUAACAGCUUUAGAAAGACAAAUAGUUACCGUGCAAAUGGCAAUGGAUCUAUGCCUCCUACACCUCGCCGGAACUCCCUAAGUGGUGGAACAACAUCUGAACUACUGACACCGCGGUCCUACUCUGGCCGUCAGAAUGGAUAUUUUAAGGAAAUGAGAAGAUUGUCUACUGCUCCUCUGAACUUUGUGGCUAUAUCUAAGGAAGAUACAAUUUCAUAUGCUUCCCUUUGUGGUUCAGAGCCUGACUCCCCUCCCCAAGUUUAAAUGAUAAAAAAGAAAAAAAAUUGGAAUAGGGUAAAAAAGAUUUUCUUGGGCAGUGUUAUAAACACGACUGUAAGCAGCCAGCAGAAACGUUGUGAAUACGAGAUGAUUGUACACUAGUAUUUGCUUGUAAUAAGCUGAUGAGAUAUACGUGGACAGUGAUAACUGACAUUUGAGGAUACGAAUUAGGGUGUUUAUGGUUUGAAGAACAUUAGCUUUGGGAAGAGUGUUGAUAUUGGUAGGGACAGUGAAGUGCAUGACUCCUUUUGUAGAGGGUAAAACAGUGGAGAUGAUGGAUCAUACAGUGACCAUGAUGUAUGUUGUGGGUUUUGUUUGUGUAUAUAUAUGUUUCAGUGUGAUGUAGCAGUAACUAAGAUUAUUUGAUUCAUAACUCUAGCUGAAGUCCUAUUGCAUUGCAUUCUAAUCAUGUUUCUUGUAUGUCA